GACAGGGCGUUGUUCCCGUUAAAGGGGAUCGCCAGGAGCCUCCCUCAGGCCCCUCGCUUUGCGAUCGCAGCCCCGCAGCGCAGCUGUCUUUGGAGACGCCAGCAGCUUAGAGGACGCGUCGAGUUUGUGCCUGAGGCCACUCUGAGGAUCGGGGACAGCUAUCCCUUUGGGCUGCAGAAACUCCACUGAGCAGAACUUGCCGUCAAAAUGCUCCUCCUGUUGCUGAGUAUCAUUGUCCUCCACGUCGCCGUGCUGGUGCUGCUGUUCGUCUCCACCAUCGUCAGUGAAUGGAUCGUGGGCAAUGGGCAUGCGACCGACCUCUGGCAGAACUGUAGCACUUCUUCCUCGGGCAGCGUCCGCCAUUGUUUCUCCUCUUCAGCGAACGAAUGGCUGCAGUCUGUCCAGGCCACCAUGAUCCUGUCCGUCAUCUUCAGUGUCCUGUCCCUGUUCCUGUUCUUCUGCCAGCUCUUCACCCUCACCAAGGGGGGCCGCUUUUACCUCACUGGAAUCUUCCAAAUCCUUGCUGGUCUGUGUGUGAUGAGCGCAGCGUCCAUCUACACCGUGAGACACUCAGAAUGGCACCUCAACUCCGAUUACUCCUAUGGAUUUGCCUACAUCCUGGCCUGGGUGGCCUUCCCCCUGGCUCUUCUCAGCGGCGUCAUCUAUGUGAUCUUGCGGAAACGCGAAUGAGGGGCCCAGACUGAGGCUCUGAGCAGACGCAGGGAAGGGAGGAAGGAAACCUGAAAACAGAAAAAAAAAAAAAAACCCACGAAAAAACCUAAAAGCUAGCCAAAAAAACCCAAACUGAAACCAAACCAAACAGAAAGCAGUUGGGGGGUGGGGUUAGUGUUGAUUGAAGAUGUAUAUAAUAUCUACGGUUUAUAAAACCUAUUUAUAACACUUUUUACAUAUAUGUACAUAGUAUUGUUUGCUUUAUAUGUUGACCAUCAGCCUUGUGUUGAAACCUUAAAGAAAUAGCUAAGGAACUUUACAUCCUAACUGUAUAAUCAAGUUCAGUAUUUUUGUUUGUUUUUCAUUUUUUUCCCCUCAGAAAUAAAAUAACUCCAUCUUGCCCCUUCCCUUUCAUCUGAAAGAAGAUACCUCCCUCCCACUCCACCUCAUUUAGAAAACCAAAGUGUGGGUAGCAGACCCAAAUGGCCAAAAGCCCUCUUAUCCUGGGCGACCUCGUGUUCUCACAGGGAUGUGCACUGCCCACAGCCCGUGGGAAGCCUUGCGCUCGCGCGGGCAAAACCCUAAAACUGGAGCCCUUGGCAAAAAUCAUGACACGUGGCUUCGACUACUUGCCCUUGAGGGAGGGUGUCCUUGUCACAUGUCUAGAUGAGAAAUCGGUGACAAAAAAAAAAGCCUGUGAAAUGGUGCUAUGUAUUUACCAUUCCUUAUCACUAAUCUUCUAAACUACUCACUGGAAAUUCAGUUAACAGUUUUACACCACAAAGUAGAAUGAAGACCUGAAUAAUUCUGUGUAAUAUAAAUGGUUUAUAACUGCUUUUGUACCUAGCUAGGCUGCUAUGAUCACUAUGAUAAAUAAUAAACACAGCCUUUAGCGCUCCCACAUUAUUCUUGCGGUCGGAGCAUCAGGACAAGUCUCUAGACCCCCUGGGGCCAUUCGUUUCUGGGGAUCAGGGGGGUCUAGGCUGUUCUCUGUCUCCAAGGACUGUCUGGCAAUGACUUGUAUCGGCCACCAACUGUAGAUGUAUAUAUGGUGCCCUUCUGAUGCUAAGACUCCAGACCUUUUUUUUUCUUUUUUGCUUUGCUUUUUCUGAUUUUAUACCAACUGUGUGGACUAAGAUGCAUCAAAAUAAACAUCAGAGUA